CUUAACCAUCAAUCGCACCGCAGCCCAUCAUGACGACCAGCGAGACGUACCCCCCGCCCAAGACAAUCUCACAGCCCGUACUCAACGAGAUCCCAGAGAACCUCGUGCCGCGCUUCGACCCGGUCUUCGUCGAGUUGCACAACAGGUACCAGCGCGGGCGGCUGCAUACGCAUCAGAUCCCCAUCGAGUGGUACAGAGCAGACCCGGCCAAGUACACCAUCACAUACGGGCGCGAGUUCUUCGCGACGACGCGCGUGCGCAUCACGGAGCAGAAAUGCCCGGUCAAGGAUGGCGAAAUCACCGUCCGCAUCUUCGAGCCCACCGAGAAGCGUCCGGGGAACAGACCCGCGUACAUGAACUUCCAUGGCGGUGGUUGGGUGCUCGGCGGCUUGCACUUCGACCACGAGUUCUGCAAGCGGCUUACGCAUAAGCUCGGCAUCGUCGUCUUUGACGUCGACUACCGGCUCGCGCCUGAGCACAGAUACCCCACCCAGAUCGAGGACUGCUGGGCUGCUUUCCAGUGGAUGCGCACGCAGAAGGCCGCGGAGUUCGAUCUCGACGUGCUGCGCCUUGCCGUGGGAGGCGCGUCUGCCGGCGGACAUCUCUCCGAGGUCGUGGCUAUCAUGUGCCGGGACGAGGGCAUUCCGCUGGCUUUCCAGCUCCUGGUCGUGCCCGUCUGCGAUAUGCACGUCUUCACGCCUACGGGCGAGCUGGAUCCAAACUGUCCGUACGAGAGCUACAGGGAGAUGUGGAACACUGCGGCUCUGCCGGGCGAACGCAUGAGCUUCUUCCACAAGCACUGGCUCGGUAAUCCGCGGCCGAAGCAAUUGGAUAAUGACUGGCAUAUCUCACCGAUUAAACAUCCUGACCUUUCUAAUUUGGCGCCCGCCCUCGUGAUUACCGCGGAGAUGGAUCCGCUUAGGGAUGAAGGUGAGGCGUAUGGGAGAAAGAUGAAUAAAGCUGGGUCAAAGGCCGAGAUUUGGCGCAUUCCGGGGGUGCCUCAUACUGUGAUUCAUCUAGACGGCGUCCUGGAGGGCGGGAGGCAGUUCAACGCCAGGGUCGUAGAGACGCUGAGCAAAGUGUUUGGAGUGCCCAUUUUGGAGUGAUGGGAGAAAAUGAUGUUGUUGUAUAUACCUAGGAGUAGAAAUGAGUGUUAUGGUG